AUGCCUUCGGGUAUCUGUGCAGACGAAGGCGAGCGCAUACUGUUGGAGCGUGCCGUGGUCCGGAUACCACCAACCGUGGAAGAACCUGCUAAUGUCUUCCACGUCUUCGCCAACGGCUUCAAUGACACCGGCACCGUCGCUCGAAUGUUGUCAAGACGGGCCGGGAGUGGAAACAGGGCGCGUGUCGAGGAUGAACUCGCCAGCGUCUUUGGUGGUGAGGAUGAGGGCUUUGUUGAGUCGCAGUCCUUAUAUACGUACACCCUCCCGAUCCAUACGUUUAUGAAUGUAUAG